AGCGGGUUGGGGACACAGCGUCGGGUCUUCCUGGAAGGAGGGAGCUGUGGCUGCCUCUCUGUACCUCCCCCAUUCUGGAGCCAAAAUCCUGCGCGGUUGUGGUGCCAGCAUCUGGGUUGGGAUGCCUGUGGGAAGUCAGGGUAGUGUGGGCGUUUAGGGUGUUCCUGUGUGCGCAUGUGUGCAUAUUUGUGGGCCUCCAGAUGGGUGUGUGUGGAGGAGGGGUUGGUAGAGGCUCCAGUUUUGCGGCUCGAGGUGGGUCGGGCACAAGGCCUGGCUGUCUUUGCGAGCUAGCGUUAGUCACAGGCUCACCCGCCAACCCCGAUCCAGGCAGGGUUCCUUAUGUGGUAAGUGACACAACUGUACGUACACAUCCUUCAUGUUGCAAAGGUCGCCACAGGCUCCAUGCCAGACCCACUUGUCUAGUGUGCGUUUUGCUGUCCACAUCCGCCCCUGGUCAUAUGGAGGGAAGUGAGUUUGGAGUGCAGGAGUUGGGCCAGAUGUGGAUGUUUGGGAGUUACAGGACUUUCGCCCAGGCCUCAUCUCCAUCCCUUUUCCAGGCAAGCUCCCCUUCUCUGCCCAGUCCAGGGUCUCUCUUCCCCAGGCCUCAGGAGGGAGGUCCCAGCAGGAUCAGCCCUGUAAGGGCAGAUGGGUCCUGGGACUGUGUGUUCUUCAGAUUUCCAGCCUGCAGGCCCUUUCCAAAUUCCCAGAUAAGAAAGGGCCUGGGUACCUCUGGGCCCACACACCCUCUGUGUUUGCUGAACCCACCAAGGAAGCCUCCCAUCCUGCCCCUGACCAGGAGGUAAGGGCUGGACAUUGACCCUGGAGGCAGGAGUGAGAGUUAGUUAGUUAGCACAGGAACUGUGCUCUUCUGAGAACUCUGGGGAACUUCCAUCAGCCAGUGAGUCUCCGCCUGGCUCUGGCUUAUGGGGGACAGGAGUCUCCCUGGCCUUCCUGUGCUGGCUCUGGACGCAGACCCGGGGUUUGCCAAGUCUUUGAGACAGCUGCACUCUGGUCUCCUCCAGCUUUGGCCAGCUGGGACCAGCAGUAUCAGCUCCACCCCAUUUGACAUCGGAGGAAACUGGUCCAGAUUGGCGAGUGGAAAGAUGGGGAGGUGCGCAGCCCUGGAAUGAAUCAGGAUGACAUGAGCCAGCAGAGGGGACAGACGACCCCAAGGGACUCCUGACUUGCAGCCUGAGGGAUUUCCUCCUUGUUCCUACACACAGCCCCUGCUGGACUCAGAGGUCUCCCAGCUCCUUUUUCUGUGCGCUGCUCAAGACACUCUAAAAACCUUCUCUAAGAAGUGCAGCCACUGGGGAGCACUGCUAGCUGGUAGAACCAUGCUGCAGAACUCCAGCCACAGGGAAGCCAUGGUCCAUGUGGAUAAGACCCGGAGGGAGCAGGACAGGGAAGGGGUGUGGGCAGCGGCAGAGGGAGCCCUGGCCCCCAGCACCUCCUCCCCAUUCUCCCCUGAGCCCCCAGGGGACUCAGGCAGCAUCAUCCCUGUCUACUGUGCCCUCCUGGCCACCGUGGUCCUUGGUCUGCUCGCCUACGUGGUCUUCAAGUGCUGGCGCUCACGCAAACAAAGGCAGCAGCUGGCCAAAGCUCGGACCGCAGAGCUGGGAGCCCUCAGCAGGGACCAGCUACAUGGGGACAGCAGUGUCUUCCGGGACUCUCCAGCCGGCCUGGAGCCCUGUGCCCCCAUCCAAGGGCCGCCGCCUGAACUUGGCUGCCGGCUUUACCUCCACCUUCCUCGGCAGCAGCAGGAGGAGGUGGAACGGCUCCUGGAGGUGUCAGGUGAACCGGCCAACGGCUGGCGGGGCCUGGCGGGCCACCUGGGCUACCAGGCUGAGGCAGUGGAGACCAUGGCCCGGAGCCCGGGGCCCGCCUCUGCCCUGCUGAGGGACUGGGCUGUCCAGGAAGGCAGUGGCGCCACCCUCAGAGUGCUAGCGGACGCCCUCGCUGCCAUGGGCCGUGAAGACGUGAUUCGGGCUCUGGGCCCCCCGGCCGAGGGUGGCUCCGUGGUGUGAGUCGUGGCUCCACAGCCUGGCCUCUCAGGGAACCUGCUCUGGUGCUGCCACCACCCCCACCUCAUACACCUUCCCCUUCACAGGCUUCCUGGCAUUGGUGACCUCAGCUUGUUCUGUUUUGGGGGGACACACAAAACACCAGUCACCUCCCCUCCCCCUGCCUUCUUCCAGGACAGGGAUCAGGACGUGGGCGGGGCACAGCCAGACAGGGAGCAGCAGUCUUGCCCCACCCCGAUCCCCACUCCACCUCCCCAUACUUAGUCUCAACUGUUUUUUCUACUUUUGUACCCCAUAUUAAAGGCAACUCUGGACUGUU